AUGGAUAACAGCCCUGGAGGAAGUGGAGGAGUCAUCCUGUAUGCAGGCUCAGCUGGCAGUGCCAGCCCCAGUCCCGGCAGCCCUGGGAGCCCCUCCAGUGGGUACCAGACUCAGUCACCUUCUUCACACUCCCAGCCUUCAUCUCCAGAGGAGGUUUCCUUCACAGAGAUUGGGGUGCUGAAACAAAGGGCAGCAAACUCCAAACUCGUAUUCCAGUUCCCAGAGGUCUACAGUAGCCCCUCAGCAGCAGCCGCUCAGGUCACUAAGCAUACCUAUGCACAUCCCAUUGCAGCAAAGAGGCCAUGCGGGUUCACAGGAACUUUCUCCAAGACAGGUGGAAUGGUCCUGCUCUGCAAAGUCUGUGGGGACAUUGCAUCUGGUUUCCACUAUGGAGUGCAUGCAUGCGAAGGUUGCAAGGGUUUUUUCCGCCGCAGCAUCCAGCAGAACAUUAACUACAAGAUGUGUGUGAAGAACGAGAACUGUCUGAUCAUGCGGAUGAACCGCAACCGGUGCCAGCACUGCCGCUUCAAGAAAUGCCUCUCUGUUGGCAUGUCAAGAGAUGCUGUUCGUUUUGGUCGCAUCCCUAAAAGAGAGAAGCAGCGACUUCUGGAUGAGAUGCAGAGUUACAUGAACAGCCUAAAUGAGUCGGCUGCCAUGGACAUGGACUCAUCUUCCAUGAGGGACACUCCCUCCACCCCAGAAGAUGGCAACUCAAAAGAGGCCAUCGGGGCUAUCUCCAGAGCCUACCGUGACAUCUUCACCAGCAGCAGCAACAACAACAGCAGCAGCAGCCAGGAGAGAGCAGCAGAGACAGCUCACAUUGCCAACAACAACAACACGUCUCACUUUUCUCAGGAUGCCAGUUUUCACCAGGUUUCAUCUCACACCAACUCUGCCCAGAGUUAUCAGGGUUGCCCUGUUGCCCCUGUGUCACGUUGCCCAGUUGCCCCUGUGUCACGUUGCCCAGUUGCCCCUAAUGACAACCAGCAUACAUUCCACAAUGUGGACAACAAUCACAUCACCUACUUAAUUUCAACAAAUCAGAAUCAUGAUCAGUCUAAUGGCACAACUUCUCAAAGAGGCAGCUCUGCCAAUCAUAACAGUUUUCGCAAUGCAGGAAGUGCCACAAAUCAGUCCUCCUGCCCAUGGAAAUUACCACCAGGAGCUAAAGUGCUGGCCUGCCCUCUCAAUGCAUGCCCUGUAUCAGGAGCAGAGCACUCGAGUCAGGAGGUGUGGGAAUCUUUCUCUCAAUGUUUCACUCCUGCUGUUAAGGAGGUGGUAGAGUUUGCCAAGGGCAUCCCUGGAUUUCAAGAGCUUAGCCAGCAAGACCAGGUCAUGCUGCUCAAAUCAGGCACUUUCCAGGUUCUGAUGGUGAGGUUCUGCACCUUGUUCAAUGCACAGGAGCGUACAGUGACAUUCCUGAAUGGCCAAACGUAUCCCCUGUCCACCCUGCGGGCUCUGGGCAUGGGCUUACUGCUGGAUACAAUGUUCGAAUUCAGUGACAAGUUGGGCUCUCUGGGGCUAGAACCAGAUGAAAUGGCUCUCUUCAUGGCUGUGGUGCUGGUCUCUGCAGAUCGUUCUGGUAUUUCGGACAUGCGGGCUGUAGAGCAGCUCCAGGAGGGUCUGAUCCGCGCCCUACGAUCACUGAUCACUCGCCGUCGCCCAGACGACACCACCCUCUUCCCCAAACUCCUCCUGCGACUGCCAGACCUGCGCACCCUCAACAAUCUGCACUCCGACAAACUAUUGGCCUUUCGCAUUGACCCUUGAGCAGGCCACUUGUUCACAGA